AUGGCCCCCCCUAAGUCCAAGGAUCCCGUUGUCGCUUCCAAACACUCUCGAGACAAAGGCGACGUCGAUGGUCCCGAUGAUUCUCCUUCAAAGCGCCGUCGCAUUGCACAGGCCACUGCUAACGUCCCUCACAACGAAGGGGACGAUUCGUUGGACGUAACAGCAGACGGAGACGAUACAACUGUUGGGAGUUCUCCUCCUAGUGCGGAUUUGGCACCCAACGUCGAGCCGAAGGACGGAAAAUCUAGCGUUCCUUCGUCGUUGGCGGGGCAAGGGACCGCCAUUACCAACAAUGCCGCGACCGGCAGCUCACCCGGCGCAGAUGACGCGGCCGUCAACAACUCUCACCUUCUCUUUACACGCCGGCAAUGGUUCUCUAACGCGCUGAUGCAGAGGCUCCCUCCCAUGUUGGACUACCAAAAGCCGGCGGAGAACAUCUUCGCUCUAUCGAAGCUCCCCGUUCUCGAUCUUGACUGGGGUAACUCUACGGCAUCUGUGAACAAGUUAUGCGUCAAACCCCGCUCUGUACCCGUCUCUGUUUGGAUCGUUGGCAUCAUCGACGCCCUCUGGCUCUUCAACCCGCGCAGCGGCGAACCCGAGGCCCGUAUUUCGGUGGGAGUGGCGCCCCUCGCCGACCAUGCCCUGAUGGUCGCGAGGAACGUACUGUGCGAUUUUUCUCGGCCGGUGUCGACCAGCGCCAAGUCUCUCUUCCACGUCAACGCUUCGAAGUGGACUUCUACUCAAGUUCACGGAGAACGUGCCAACCAGAACCAGGAGUUCGAGAAAGUCUACGAUGCGCGCAACAAAUUCGCCACCAAACACAAGAUGCCCCGGCUUGCUCCCGAGGAACUCAAGAAAGGAGACUUAGUGCUCAUGGAGGCCCAGAUAUCACGCUACAACACGAAGAAGGACAGGGAUGGAAAGGUUCGAACCAAGACUAACAAGGCUGAUAUGGUCGAGUACAAGGUCUCCUUCGACUUGGUUGCCGUUUCCCUGUUGGAAGUUGGGCCCAAGGUGACAGAGGAUGCUGCAGCGGAGCUUGACUCGGAUGACGAGGGUCUUUGA